AUGCUUGCAGGAAUCCCAGUCUGGUAUGUUCGACCUCUCAAGAAGAAGGAUGUGACUCGGGUGGAUAAGUGGCUUGAAUUUGACACAUCUACAAGCUAUCCUCUCCAGGACACAGGCCUUAGCCUGUCGUUCGAUGAUGUGUCACCUCCUCACCCUGAGGUUUUCAACGGCUUUUCCAAUGACACGUCUAGGUAUAGAGCGAUGGCUUCAUUCAUGCGUCGCUUCUCCACCAUGAACGUAUACAUGGAAAAGACCUUGUUUACAGUAUCCGAUAACAAUACCCUUCCUUCCUCCUCUAUGCCAUCAAGAUCCGUACUCAUAUUCAUAGGACACAUUCCUUUUGCCAAACCAUCGUCUUCCAAGCAACUGCAGAUAGAACGGAACAAGUUUGUUGACAUUGAAUCGCCAUUGAUGCCCAGGGCUAUCAAACCAUGGGCGGCAGCUUCCCAAAGUGCUGGCGUAGGUUUUGACCCCAAUACACCACCUCUGAACGGCCGCGAUAACAGAUACGCUCUUCCUGACCCCAAUAUCAUCACAGGGACAGCUAAUGCAGUUACCCGUGAAGCUUUCCUGAGGACAUGGCUGAAGCUACGCCCUGUUCUCCUCUAUUGA